AUGUUAAAGACCAUUGCCAAAUAUAUAUUCUAUGCCUUUUUGGCUUCAUCUUAUAAAUCAUUACCGGGUGCUUAUUAUAUAAGAUUUUGGUAUCAAGCAGCAAUAAACAUUAUAAUACCAAAAUAUAUUAAAUCAUUAAUUAUAAAUGAUUUAUCAUCAAAAUCACCAUUUGAAACAUCAAGUAUACAUACAUAUAAUUCCCCAUUUGAAUGUGAUGGAUAUUUCCAUAAAUCAAAUUCAACUUAUUUUGAAGAAUUAGAUAUAUCAAGAACAAAAUUAAUGACUACAAUUUUCCAAAAAUUUUUCAUGUUUUAUAAGACAGAAUCUAAGACAUGGCCUUAUGUACCUGUUGCCAACGUGUUUUCUACAUUCAAGAAAGAGAUUAAACCUUAUCAAAAAUACGAAGUUAAGAAUAGAAUUCUUGGAUGGGAUCAAAAAUGGUUAUUUAUUUUGUCAAAAUUUGUUUCAAUUGGUAAAAAAGGUGAAGUUAUUCAUGCUGUUUGUAUAACUAAAUAUGUUUUAAAAGAUGGUAGAAAAACUGUUAGUCCAAGAGAUGCAUUAAAAUUUUGUGGUUAUCAAGUUGAAAAAUAUGAAAAAGAAUCUGAAAAGGGAGUUGAAUUGGUUAAAUGGUUUGUUGAUACUGGUGAUGUUGAAGUUUUAGAUAUAUAG